GUUCUGGGCUGACUUGGAAGAGGGGACCGCGGAAGAAAACACCAGUGUGCAUGGGGUGCAGGGGAAAGAAAAUUUGCUGGAUAUGGUGGCAAACUUCAUGCAGCCAGACCAAACAGGGGCAAACCUGGAGCCUAAGCUUGCAGCAAGCAUUGACUACAUGUCACUGAACCAGCUACAGGAACGGAGCUAAAAUGGUGGAUCGAUAACAUCUGGCUUUGUUCCAACCCUAUCAUUGUCAGUAACCCUUCGAUGGUACUACAAACUGAUGCCAGUGCACUAGGGUGGGGAGCCACCAAAUACCAUCACCAGCUGUGGAGGUAGAUGGACAGCGCAGGAGGCAUCCUUCUUACUGACACUGGGUAUAAAUUACUUGGAAAUGUUGGGAGCAUUUCAUGGACUUAAGUCAUAUUGUACAGAAACACACCACCAGCAUGUUAGAUUACAAAUAGACAAUACCACUGUGGUAGCAUACAUCAACCACAUGGGCGGCAACAAAUCGAUAUCAUGUGACAAUCUCGCUAGUUCAAUUUGGCAAUGGUGCAUCCAGAGAAAUAUUUGGAAUUCAGCCACUUACCUACCAGGGAGACUAAAUUUAGUGGCAAACACCAGGUCACGCAAAUUUAAUGAAAACACCGAAUGGAUGUUAAACAAAACAGUGUUUGCUGAAAUCACAGCAAAAUACGGAAAACCAGAUAUCUAUCUUUUCGCGUCCAGACUAAACAACCAGAUAUCUAACUAUGUUUCAUGGGAACCAGACCCUGGUGUAGUGGCCAUUUGGCCUAUUUUGCAUGUCAUUGUGGAUGGCAUGUUCCUUUAAAUUUUAGCCAGCCCGUUAUAAUGUGGGUGGAAUUUUAUGACGUGUCUUGGGGCGUGUUUAUGCAGCUUAACUGCUUGCGUGUUAGUUUAGUUGGGGAUUCGUUUUGGACAGGAGAGGGAGAAGGUUUAUCCUUCGACCAUGUCAAGCAUGUCAAGCCUCAUGUGAAGAAGAAGACACGAGGAGUUUUCUAGUAUCUGAAGCAAUGCGCUGGAGUUCGAAGAAGAUUGCUGGAACAAGUCGGAAAACCUUGGAUGUAUCUUACUGUUUUAUAUCUACAAUAAAGAAAAUAUUCAUUAAAAGACUGUGUGCUGAAGCUUUAUGAAAGUAGAAGCUCUGAAAUUCUCUGAGGCAGCUUGCAUGCGUACCGAAGAUAUUCCCUUAUCCCCUCUCACCCAAUUAGUGGCUAGGGAGUUAAUUUCCUGAAAGAUCUGAAAAAUCUGCCGCUACAUUAAGUCGAAGGAUACCUCCGGCAGGGGGUAAUUGCCAGUCCCAGAGAUUGGGACAGAAGAAGAUAAGUAAAAGCGAACCUCCGGCGGGGGUAAAUACCAGUCCCUGAGAUAGGGACAGAAGAUCGAAGUGCGAAGGCUAAGACCUAGGAAAGGUGCGGCCAGAGCAGGACGAAGGCUAAGACCUAGGAGAGGUGCAGCCAAAGAAGAUUGGUUCCAAUCGUGGAACUGAAGAAGAUCUCGGCCAGGAAGAGCCUUGAGGUCUAUCGACAGCAUCGGAACGCAUCGGAAGACGUAUCACUGGAUUGUGAGUACGAAUUGAUUAUUACCUUUUGAAUUAAAAUUACGGUUUUAAUUGAAAGAAUUCUGUAAUAGAGCUCAACAAGCUGUUUUCUCCAGCGUGUCUGGGAAAGGCAGACCGACCUUGGAUUGUUUUGAAUCAAAGAGAUAAAGGAGCAUUCCAUUGGAAUUAGCAUCAUUUAUUUUGCACCUGGAAUUAGAGAGAGGUUCUCUACAUUAUCAGUAUGUUUUAGUUUUGGAAGAAAUUGUUGAUAAUAACAAAGUCACUCAGAAGCAGAGACUUUUUUUUCGACUAAUUUAAAGACUUGGCAAUCUGCCAAGACCUCUUUUAAAUCAUGAAGGAAGAUGAGAGCAGAGCUAUGCCAGAAGAGCCACAUGGUGGUGAAGAAAGACCAGCCAGACAACUUAAACUCACUGAGAAAGGUCGAAGUUAUGUUCUCAAGGAGGCUGAAUUGGAUAGGAACAAGUUGGGGAAGAGGAUUAGAAGGCUGUUUGAAAGUGUGAAGACACUCAUGGAAUCAGAAGAGAACCAGGACAAGGUGGAAGAGAAAUUACGCCUGAUAAGUAGCCUUAACCAUGAGCUGAAAGAGAAGCAGGACAUACUGCUGGAGGCAGAGCGUUCUCAAGAGGAGUGUGAAAGACAUUUAAAGUGGGAUUGUGAAAAUAAAGAGUAUUAUGAUGAAUCCAAAGAAGUUGUAGAAGGAUGGUUAGAGCAAGUUAGCAAAAGUAAAGGUAGCAGAAAAGAAGAUACUAAGCCAGAAGAAGAAGGUGAUGAAAUAGAACCGGGAGAUAGUAUCUCAAAUGUAUCUUCACAAAGAUCAGGCCGUAAAUCUGGUAGCUUAGCCAGUUCGGUUUCGAGGGCUUCUGCUCGUUUGAGAGAGAAGGCUGAGUUAGCAGCGCUCUCAAUAGAAGCGGAUGCUAUGAAGAAAAAACAUGAGAUGGCCCGACGGCAAGAUGAGAUGGCCCGACAGCAAGAUGAGAUGGCCCGACAGCAACAUGAGAUGGCCCGACAGCAAGAUGAGACAAAGCGACAGCAAGAAGAAAUGGCGCGAUGUCAGGAACAACUGGAAUUAGAUACAAAGUUGAAGGUGGCUAAAGCCAGAAGGGACAUACUGGAAAGUGAAGGGUCUAGAUGCAGCUCUAGAUCAUCAAAGGCGAUAAGCUCUAGACAGAGAGCCAAAACUGCUCAGAGUGAAUUGGCAGUUGAAUCGAUUCCACGGUCAAAGUCCACAGGAUACCUUGGAUUGGAAAACCUAAAUAGGUUGAGUGAACCUUCAGCUCAGCAAAUGGGUGCUAGACCGAAACUAGCUACUAUAAGAACAUCCGUACAAACUCGAGAAGGACCAGUGGACCAAGGAGAAGGGAGCCAGGUUGGUAUAUUGGCACUGCUGCAUAAGCAAUCUGAAUUCAACGAGAUUAUAGCUCGACGAAAUAAAUCUCUCAUUUUGCCACCAGUUGAAAUUCCUACAUAUGCUGGAGAUCCUUUAGAAUAUGAAACUUUCGUGAGGGCACUGGAAGAGGUAUUAGAGAAGAAAGUUGAGGAUGAAGAAGAGCGCUUACGGUUUCUGGUGAAGUACACACAAGGAAAGGUGAAAGGGCUUGUGGAAAGUUGUCAGAUGGAGCCAGGCAACCAGGGCUAUAAAAAGGCGAGAAGAUUAUUGAAGGAACGUUUUGGUGAUGAACAGAGGAUUGCGAAUGCAUACAUUGAAAGGGCCCAUGAUUGGAGAGAAAUCAAGCCAGAAGAUGUAGAUAAAUUGAGUGAAUAUGCAAUAUUUCUGAGAAGAUGUUGCAGCUCGAUGAAAAAUCUUGGCUAUAUGGAGGAAAUUAAUCUUUCAAGUAAUAUGAGAAUCAUCAUUAGCAAGUUGCCCAGAAGAAUGAGAGAAAAGUGGAGAGAUAGGGCAGGUGAAAUACGUGAUAAGAGCAAACAAGUAGCCAGGCUACCAGACCUGGUGGAAUAUUUAGAAAGAGAAGUACGGUACAUGUCAGAUUCAUGCAGCGGGAUUAUUGAAGAAGCCAAGCCACUUGCAAUUUAUAAGGGUUCUACCUAUGUCAAAACUAAACAAAAGACAGGGCCUAAUAAAAGCAAUUUUGCUACCAAUAUAAUACCUGAGAAGGUGUUGGGUGGUGCCAAAGAGGAUGCACCGACCAGAAAGAAUGAAUUCUGUCCAUUUUGUGAUGAAGUAGGUCACACCAUAAGAUGGUGUCGUAAAUUUAAGGAAAAGAAAUAUGAAAAAAAGAUGGACUUUUUAAAAAGGAAUGGAAUCUGCUAUGGAUGUUUAAAGAAGGGGCACAUGGUAAAAGACUGUAAGUGUCCAAUAGUUUGUGACAAAUGUAAGCAGAAUCAUCCUGAUGUGCUUCAUACUGUAAAGAAAGAGCCAGAUCUUACUGAGCAGAAAAAGGAGUCAGCGGAUGUAAAUGCUAUCACCUCGCCUCAA